CACGAAAAAGCAAAAACUACCGUUGGUGGUUUUUGGCUUGCCUCCUUGCAAGCUUUUGAUGCCAUGGACUUAUCGACGACCGCUUUCGCGGUGAACACGCCCAAGUUUUGGGGUGGAGAAAAGGAGCUGGUUGCGGAUUGUAUUGAAACAGGAUGGAUAUCAUCGGAAGGCCCCGCGGUGAAAGAAUUCGAAUCCAAAAUGGCUUCGAGGUGCAGCAGGAGGCAUGCCAUUGCGUGUGCCAAUGGCACUGCUGCAUUGGACAUUGCAGUGAAGGCGUUGAACUUGAGUGAAGGCGAUGAGGUGAUUCUUCCAAGCUUUUGCAUCAUCUCAGUGAUCACCCAGGUCGUGAGAGGCGGUUCCGUUCCCGUCUUGGUGGACUCGGAUGCGACCUUCAAUAUGGACGUGUCCCAGCUCGCCUCCAAGAUCACUCCGAAGACCAAGGCGAUCAUUUGUGUCCACACUUACCACUUUCCCGUGGACAUGGAGCCGGUGCUUGCUUUGGCCAAGGAACAUGGCAUCAAAGUCAUAGAGGAUGCGGCUGAAAUGAUUGGGCAGACUUGCCUGGGGCGGCCCUGCGGCUCCUUUGGAGAGAUCAGCACCAUGAGCUUUUACCCAAACAAGCACAUCACCACAGGUGAAGGUGGGAUGGUUUUAUGUGAUGACCCAGAGUUGGCCGAGAGGUGCCAGCAGCUGCGGAACCUAUGUUUUGAUCCCAAGAAGCGGCGCUUUGUCCACGAGGACUUGGGGUGGAAUUACCGCAUGACCAACCUGCAGGCAGCCUUGGGCCUUGGUCAGCUGUUGCAUCUGGACGAAGCCGUGCAACGCAAACGCGAGAUUGGGCGCUUGUACAGCAAGCUCUUGAAGGGAUGUCCUGGUCUCAUUCUACCUCCAGACGAUCUGAGAUCGGAGACCAACAUCUACUGGGUCUAUGGGGUGGAAUUGCUUCCGUCUGUCCCCUGCGAAGCAGAUGAAGUAAUGAAGCACCUGGCUGCUGCCAAAGUGGGCACAAGGCCUUUUUUUUGGCCAAUGCACGAGCAGCCGGUGUUUCUCCAGAUGGGCCUCUUUAAAGGGCAAAGCUUCCCGGUGGCCGAGCGCAUCGCUCGACGUGGCUUCUACAUCCCCAGUGGCCUUGCGUUGAAAGACGAGGAAGUGGAGGAGGUAGCGAAUCGAGUCAGGAAGGUGAUGGAAAUGCUCCUAUCGGAUGGUGGCUAUCCAAAGUGAAGCGGUGAAACGAUGGCUAUCCAAAGUGAAGAAGCCUAUGGUGAGACGAAGCGAUGAAGGAAAA